AUGGAGUUUUAUACGGUAAAAAUAUCAGUGCUUAUAUUUUUAAUUUAUAUGUGCAUUGAAUGUCGAGCGAAAAUUAAUGAAAAUAAAACAAAUGACCAGCCAGCCGAAGUCAAAACUCCAAAGAAGAUGAACGAGGGAGCAGCGCUAGUGUUCGCAGACGAGCUGAAACAGACACUAGACAGAUAUUUGUUUGGCAUAUGCCCUCAGAGCUUCAAGUCUCGUUGGUUCCAGUUGCCGCUCAAGGGGAAGAAUAUGACCAAUGUCGCCUGUGACCUCGAUCUGGAUCAGCAGGACCUGGCUGGCAGAUUGGCAACACUAGCAUUACGUGCUCACACGGCUGCGCGGACUGACUGCGGUCGGUUUGCGGCGGCACUUGCUAACACGCUCGGAGACUUAGCGCGCACUGCCGCUAAUAGACAGCUUUUAGCUGCCGCUGCUAGCAAUGAGCAAAAGAAACGAAAACUAUCAAAAAGCCAAAAGAUGAAGAUUCAGGCGAAACAGAGGACUGCUCUCGCUGUCAAGAAGAAGGCCGCCGCCGCCGCUGCAGCUGCCGCCGCUAAAAUGUCAGCUUAA